AUGAUGCGGUCUGGUCUUAUUUCUAUGAUCUAUGACCAGACCAUCGGCAUGACUGCGGCUGAUUUGACUGAUUCCGCAGCUAUCACGUUGAUGGGCACUGAUGUCGAACGGAUAGUGGCUAAUUUGAAGAACCUACAUGAGGCAUGGGCAUCUAUCAUAGAAUUGGGGAUUGCGAUAUGGUUGUUGGAGCGCGAGAUCGGGGUCGCCUGCUUUAUACCCCUCGUCAUCUCACUGGGCACCGUGUUUGCAAUGGUUCCAGUGUCAAGCCGAUCUGGACAGGCGCAAAAACAAUGGAUUGAACGAGUGCAAACGCGACUAGCAGUGACAGCAAACACGCUAGGCAACAUGAAGGCUGUGCAAAUGCUUGGGCUAGGCGAUGUUAUUUUACCGCUGGUGUCGUAUCUGCGUGAAAUUGAAGUGAAAACUUCAGUUACUUUCCGAAAGUUGCUGAUAUGGCAGGUUGCGCUCUCCAACUUGCCAGUCGUCCUUGCCCCCUUUGCUACGUUUACAAUUUACGCGAUAAUAUCUGUUGUGCGACACGAUGGGACAAUCCUCUCAGCCCAAGCAUUCACAUCCCUCGCUUUGAUUUCUCUUCUCACGAACCCCCUGCUCAUAUUUUGUCAAGCCAUGCCUGCACUCUGGCAGGCUGUCGCUUGCUUUGACCGGAUUGGAGCAUAUUGUGCGGAGGGUACCACUUUAUCUGAAAAAUGCGAUGACGAGGUUCAGCCAUUGCCGACAUCUGAAAAAGUCCGUCCAUUCUUGAUCUCAUUCCAGAAUGCAGACAUAGCAUGGUCCUCAGAAAAAGAGUCCAUGCUCUGCAAUCUGAAUGUUAAUAUUUAUCCGGGCAUCACGAUGAUAGUAGGUCCUGUUGGAUGCGGGAAGUCAACUCUGAUUGAGAGCAUCCUCCACCAGCACAUGGUUAAAAAUGGUUCCCGAACAAGAUCAUUCUCAAGAGCGGCCUAUUGCCCACAGACACCAUGGAUUAGGAACGUCACCAUCCAGAACAACAUCGUUGGAUUCCUGGAAUUUGACAAAACAUGGUAUGAUACCACAUGCACCAUGUGUGGCCUGCAAGAGGACCUCGACGCCCUUGCAGAAGGUGACAUGCAUCUGGCUGGAAGCGGCGGCAUCUCACUUAGUGGAGGCCAAAAGCAGCGAAUUGCGCUCGCCCGAGCAGUCUACUCUAGGCUUGACGUUGUCAUUCUGGAUAAUGUGCUCAGCGGGCUAGACUCGACGAGUAUUGCUCUUAUCACGAACCGGCUUUUCGGCAAAGACGGCCACUUUAAAAAACUGGGGAUAUCAGUUAUUCUCGCCAUGAGUACCUGGCCAGUGCUAAGAGAACAUAUAGAUCAGUUGCUUCCUCAUGCGGAUCAAAUCCUGAUGAUGGACGAGGGAAAGAUUACAGCAUCGGGGUCAUACAAUGAGAUGCUAUCCAAAGAGCCAAAAAUUGGCUUAGAGGUUCAGAAGUCAACAUCGGAUCCUCUUGAAAUGGUGGAAAGGCCAAAUUCUGGUCUCACCGUUGUCGAAAAAAGAGAUCACACCAGCAUUGCUGUGGAAACAGCCGACGAUAAAAAGACCAUCCGUGUUAAACCUCAAGGAAAUUGGCCCGUAUACACAUACUACUUUCGGAGUGCAGGAUACAGCAUUUUGGUCUCGUUUUUGGCAUUCUCUGUUAUUGAGUCUUUCUGUUCCAACUUUCAAACAUUGUGGAUUCAAUGGUGGGUUGAGGCAAAUGAAGAGCAACCAAAUAAGCAGCUGGGCAUGUAUCUUGGUAUUUACGGUCUGAUAUUUGGAUUGACAUUUUUGAGUCUUGUCGCUGGCUGCUGGUUGCUCUUCGUUCGAGCCCUUAACAAUACUUCGCUGAACUUGCACUCUGAUCUUUUUAAAACAGCCUUUAGGGCAUCGAUCAGCUUCUACCAAGGUGCAGACACCGGUUCAAUAACGAAUAGAUUCAGUCAAGAUUUGGAACUUAUUGAUAUGAUGCUACCGAUAUAUGCCAUCAAUUUCGUGAAUAGUUCCGUCGAGGUUUUCAUCAACAUUCUUAUUGUCUGCGCCAUGGGUAAAUACCUGGCAGUCUCAAUCCCAUUUUUAGGGGUGGUGCUAUUCUUCAUUCAGUCAUAUUACCUACAAACGUCCCGACAGGUCCGAUUGCUAGAUAUCGAGGCUAAGGCGCCUCUCUUCACACACUUUCUCGAGACAAUCCACGGCAUAUCAAGUAUUAAAGCCUUUAACUGGGGGCCCCAGAUGCAAGAGAAAAGCCACUCCCUACUAAACCGAUCGCAGCGACCAGUCUACAUGCUUUACAGUAUUCAGCAAUGGCUGAUUCUGGUUUUGGAUUUGGUUGUAGGGGCCAUCGCAGUCAUUUUGAUUGCCAUGAUCACAUCCCUGAGAGACCAAUUCAAUGCAGCAUCCAUUGGAGUUGCACUCAACCUUCUACUGACACUAAAUCAAACCUUGGCCAAUGCUCUCAAGAUGUGGACCAUGACUGAAAUCUCUAUCGGGGCUGUCUCGCGCGUACAACGAUUCAUAGAAGAUACUCCCUCGGAAGAAUGCCGCGUGGUACCCCCGAUUUCCCCUCAAUUACCGCAUCACUGGCCUUGCGGUGGUGCGGUGGAGUUCACAGACGUGACAGCUGGAUACGACCAUUCAACCACUCUGGUCCUCAAGGGUCUUACGAUAACCAUCAAGCCGGGUGAGAAAAUUGCCGUUUGCGGACCAUCCGGGAGUGGCAAGACAUCAUUUAUCAUGGCGAUACUCCAGAUGCUUGAUAUUCAGUCCGGACGCAUCAGUAUAGACGGCGAGGACCUUGCCGAGAUUGCGAGAAACACAAUCCGCUCACGCAUCAACGUUGUCCCCCAAGACCCAUUUUUCAUGCCAGGGACCCUCCGGUUCAACCUUGAUCCUCACCAGUGCGCGAUCGAUGCAGAACUGGUCCGUGCCGUCGAGAAGGUGGGCCUCUGGGAUCAAGUCCACGCCAAAGGGGGGAGGCAAUUGCUUGCCUUGUCUCGGGCCCUUGUGAGGAAGAGUGCCCUGUUGAUCUUGGACGAGGCCACAAGCAGCGUCGAUUGGGAAACGGAGGCGAUUAUGCAGGAUAUUAUCGAGAAGGAAUUUCCCGAGCAAACUAUUAUCGCAGUGGUGCACCGGUUUCGUUAUAUUAAUUGGUUCGACCGGGUUAUGUUGCUCAAACACGGGGAACUUGUGGAGUGCAAUAGUGCCGAAGCUCUGCUGCAGAGGGAUUCGGACUUGCGAAAGCUAUAUUUGGAUUUCCAGCAGCCGUCCACUAGUGGAGAUCUCUAG